AUGUCUGAAAUCUGUUGCUUGUUGGGUGGCGCCUGGUUUGCGGGUUGGAGCUGCUGGUUGUGCAUCAAAGAUGGAGAUUGCAGCUUUGGUGACGCGGGGUAUGGCACUGGAGCUUCCACCAGGGAUGGCGAGGCCGAGAAGAAACUUGAGAAUGGCAUGGAUUCGGUGGUACUUCCCCUGGAGCUCUACAGCGUGAGGGAGCGAGGGAGAGAGGAGUGCCCGAUUUGCCUUGGGGAGUUUGGCGACGGGCAAGAGGUGACUGUGUUGCCCAAGUGCAAGCACUUCUACCAUCGCGACUGUCUCUCGUCGUGGCUCUUCAGGUCAGCUUUCCGGAAGCUUAGACUCUUCAAUCGCAUUGCUGGGAAUGCGAGAAUAUUGCUGCCGGGAGGGAGAUAG